GUAAAAUUAUUACUCCAGAUAUAUUUUUAUUGGAAACGUCGUUUGAUAAAAAAAUGAAAAUAAAAAUAAGGAAAAGCCGGCCAUCAAAGAAAGUUUCUCACUCUUCCUCCCUGUAUUACUACCACCAAGAAAGAUCCUUAUUCGAUUCUCAGUUAAACAAGGAAGAAGGUGGGGGUCGAUGGACGACGCCCAUCAUUUUUGUCGGAGGACAAAACUUUAAAAUUGCGCAUUUUUCUUCAUCUUUGACAUUCGUUUUCUGGGAAUAUAUUUUGUCAACGUCGUAAAAAGAAUGUGAAAUAGAAUAGCGGACAGUGUCGAUCUCAGCCCUAUUUCAGAAAUCGUGGCUGACAUAUAUUUUUAAAAAAAAGAACUUUGUGUUGUUCACAAGUUGUUGGUGCAUGUGCAGUCAAAGUGCUGCGUAAGUAGUUCAGCUGAUUCAUUCAGGGAUACAUGAUUUCACAAAAACAAAAUCAGUGGACAUAUUAUGUCCAGAACGCUCGUUAUGUACAAUAAGAGCAAAAAAUAAAAAAUAAAAAGGGAAAGGAAACUGUCCUGACCAAAAAGAGACAUUUUUCAGACGGAAAAUGACGUUGUUAUCCGGCGGAUGGCCCCUGGAUCCCCACGUCAAAUGCGGAUUCAACUACAAAUAUUUCCCGAUCGACAGCGUCUUGAGGUUCAACCUGGUGGAGGAUCUCGUUCUCUGGCGUGAAGGAUAUAGUUCUCAUUUGGAAGAAAGCUUAAUUCGUACUUUAAAGCCGGAGGAUAUGAUUAAUAUCGACACCAUGAUUGUCGGCAUUUUAAUUUGCUUAUUUUCCAGGAACAAAGUGAUCCUCCAACACUUUCAAAAUUUUGAAGCCACAUUCGAAAAGUCCUCCGUCAUUUCGACGAUUCUGAGAACUGCAGCGAGAAAACACGGACCCUAUCUGGACAUCGUUUCGUGCAGGUCAAUCAUGAAAAAUUGGUUUUAUCCCAAUAACGUAAUAGCAAUAACAUAUGGUUACAUUUAAAUGUCGUGCUCAUCGGCGUUGUUAGGAAACACAAUAAUUCCUUUUGCUAUUUACACAUAAAUGCCUAUGUUGCCAAGAAAAAAUUAGUUAGUUCGCAAAUCAAACGUCGACUUAAUGUUCUUGAUAUUACACUCGAAAUCUGCGGUGAAGACAUGA